CGUGAACAGAUCCGAUCACUGUCUGUUACUUCCUGACUUCUCCUUGGUUUUCUCCUCCAUCGCCUUGGUUGGUGUUACUGCCUGCGCGAGUCGUCUCCAAACAACGUGUUCGCCGCAUCGUCUCCGCCACCGCUUGUCGCCCGUCGCCGAACUCCCUCCGCAAUCCCUCCUUCCGUCAUUCUCUGGCUGGACCCCAUCCCCCCCGACUAGAGUUCCCCAGCUCGCUCUUUCGCCGUCACAGUUUCGAUCAUGGGUGGCUCAUUCUCCCGUCUCUGGUCCUUCCUCUGGACUAAGAAGGAAAUCCGCAUUCUCAUUCUGGGACUGGACAAUGCCGGAAAGACAACCCUCCUUUACAGACUCAAGAUUGGUGAAGUGGUCACCACGAUACCGACCAUUGGUUUCAAUGUGGAAUCGGUGACGUAUCGGAACCUGAACUUCAAUGUCUGGGAUCUCGGAGGCCAAACGUCCAUUCGACCCUACUGGCGCUGCUACUAUGCCAACACCGCCGCCGUCGUCUUCGUCAUCGACUCCACAGAUAUUGAACGACUCGGGACCGCUGCGGACGAACUCGCGACCAUGCUCAACGAGGAGGAGCUGCGUGACGCGGCUUUGUUGGUGUUCGCCAACAAGCAGGACCAGCCUGGUGCUAAAGGCGCCGGCGAAAUAUCAGAGGCCCUGAAGCUCGGGGAGCUGCGUGAUCGAAACUGGAGUAUCGUUGCAUGCUCUGCUAUCGACGGUAAAGGUCUUAACGAAGGCAUGGACUGGCUGGUGCAAACCCUGCAAUCCGAAAAUGCAUGAGCGACGGUGGUAUUGUGACAUGUUAUAGAUUUCUUUCCAUAUAUCCUCCGUUUUCUCGUGGAAGACCAGUGAGCGGGCGGAUGCCCGUUUAUCUCUGGCGCCUUCCACGUCCUCGUUCUACUCUCUUUCAGGGCCCGUGUCGUUUAUACAGUAUACCUUUUUUGAUUUGAAAUUUGUCAGACUUAGCAUAAUAUCCUAAUUGAUUUGACGAUGGAAGUUGGCCGGCUUUGCUUGCGUUGCCAUUAUGAUUUGAGACGGAUUGCGCGGUUGGAUGUGGAUGGAAGUUCCUACAUACCCAUGGUGUUCGGUAUUGGUGUUGGUCGUUCUCACGAGACUGAGACUGAGACUGAAACCACAGACUUGCAAAGAUGAGACAGACCAUGCUAUGCUGCCGGUGAGGGGAUUUUGCGAUACAUUUGUUGCUGCACAGGAACAGGACAUUAGCAAUCGAUAUUAUUUUC